UUGAGCCUCCCGGCCACUCCCUGCUGACCGUCGCCUGCAUCUUAGCGUCAAGACUCCAGCCCAGAUGGGGACACCGCCGGCGCCGUGGUAGUGAAGUGGGCCCCGUGUGCUUACACUUCUUUGACAAAAUUUCUUUGUUUUUUGAACAAUUUAUUUAAAAUUGCUCUAUAAUUUACCACUGGUAUGUAUUUAAGUUGCUCUUGUGAAAAAAAAUCUUUCAUUAUAUCUUUGUUCCUAAAUUCCACGCUGUUGACGUCCUGUCUCCCGGAAGUGCGUUCUGUCUCCCGCUGCGCCCGGCUCGAGGACGCAGCGUCGCCACGUGCCCCCGGCCGUCUCGUGAGGGGAAGGUGUGUCUGCAGCACACGGGCUCCCCAGCCUUAGCGGGGGGGCCCAGGGGUGGUUGGUAUUGGUUCAAACACUUGAUGUUUCCUGAGGUUUCUUUGGGGUUCCAAUGUUUAGCAUGUAGAAGGGUUUCUGGCUACACGGUUACUUCAUUUCUGUUUGUGAAAUUUUAACUUCUAAAAACCCAUACUCAGCAGGUGGGAGCACAUCCCAUGCUGCACAGAAUCUGUGGGUUGGCACCCAAGGCCUUGCGUCAUCUUAACGAGACUUAACAUAAGGAUGUGCCUCUGUCUGUCCCUCUGGAGUGUGUCCUCAUUGAGACGGUGAAGGCAGCGUGUCCUCAGGUUGUGUGAGCCCCGACUUCUCACUCGGUCAUGGGGCCAGGUGGUGGGGCGGUGGCGUGUGCACUCGUGUGUGUGCACAGUCGUUCCGUGUUGUGUGGAGAAGUGCCACCACUAUGAAGGGUGUGUUUUUAUGAAGAAAUAAAAGCCCUACACAGAAACCAUUGCAAGGCCAUAACCGAGGUAGUUUUCAGCUGUGGGGGGGCAGGGCGGGGAGAGCAGUGUUUCCUGCCUGCUCCAGCAAACUGCGAAGGUUUCCUCUGAGUGUGCCACAAGGGGAUGAAAAUUCUCCAGCCUGGUACUCGAGGACUUGAUUUCCAGCUGAUCCCCCGAGAAGUCUUGGACUGAGAGGCCUCGGCGGGAGGCCCUCUUCUUCCCUUUCCCCGACUGUGCUUGUCGGGGCUCCAGGGUCCCCGGCUUGAGGGCACAUGACUCUCCUGGGCCUGGGCCUGCCAGGGGUCCUUCCAGAGUCGGCGGCAACCCUCCCGUUGGCCUGGAGUGGACUCCUCAAGAGACUCUGGUCAUUGUGCCAUCAUUUCCCAGACAGCUCCACUGCUCACCCCAGGGAGAGGCACUCGGGUCCCUUGCCAGGCUUGGGAUACACUGGUGUCCGGGAAGCCAGAGAGCAUCUGUCUGCACAGUGACUGGCUGUGCGUGGUUUGGACAGAUGGUGGUAUGGCCCUUCUGCCAGCCCCAAGCUUGGGGCUUGCAGCGUCCCAGUGACGGAGGACAGCCUGGUCACACAUGCCAGCUGGGCAGGUGGCCCUGCUGCCCGUCCAGUGGUCUGGGAGCUGUGGUGUGGCUUGACCCCUCCUCACAAUCCAAGGCUCAGAGGUGGGGGACACUGGUGCUGUCCUGAAUUUAUGGGCAGAAGCUGUGGGCCUGGCCCUGUCUGGCUGCGGGAGCGGUGGGUGCGGGGCUCAGCUGAAGGGGGGUGCACUGCCAGUGGAGCUGCUACCCCCAAGCCUCUCCUCCCAGUGGUGUGGUCACCUCCAGCUGGCUGAGGGAGGCCGGGAACAGGCCCCAGAGGUGGGCACAGUGGGCGUGGGGUGCCAAAGGCCCCCCCAGGACGGGGUCGGAGCUGAGACAAUCCCUCUGUUGUCCCUGAAGCCACCGUCUCUCCCAGAGCCCAGGGGCCGCACAUGGGGGCCGGGCUGGAGCCCCCGGCACCGGCAGCAGAGAUGCCUGCUUGGGGCUCGGGGCCCCCUCGCCCUUCUCUGCAGACGACUGGAAGUUGAGGAGGGUCCGGAGAAUUCUUCAGCCCCAGGACCGAGACCACCGGGACGUUCCUCGCUGCCAUGCAGGUGGCUCUUCCCAGCCGUGGUGCCGCGGGGAGCCCAGAAAAAGGGCUCUGCUCGGUCCCCAGCGUGGCCCCGGCCAGCCUCUCCCAGCUGCCGGAGUUAGUCACGGAGGGUCCCCGGCUCCCCCAGGGUGUCACAAAGAGAAAGCGGCUCCCCUCUGGGGCCCCCUGCCGUCGGCUGGCUGCUGGCCAGCACGGAGAGGUGCUGGGAGCCCCGGGGUCUCGCUUGAUGUCCUUGAUUUCCCAGGGGACGGCCUGGGUCUUUCAGCCCCGGGGUCAGGGACUCCUUUCUCCUGGCUCAGCGUGGCAGGAAGCUGAAGGCCCCGCUGGGGCAGGGGCAGCGCCUCGGGGUCAGGAGGAAGGGGACAGGAGGGCUGGGGAUGAUCGGUCUCCUCCCACCUCGUGGCUGCGCCCCCGCGCCUUCUGGGGGGCCGGCCCAGGCUGGGCCGUGGGGGCCCGACUGUCUGUCUUUGCCAGGUCACCCAGAGCCUGUGGGCACUGUCUCGAGGCCGGGGGUCUGAGGUCUGAGCCUGCAGCCUGGAGGAGAGGAACGGGAGGGGCUGGGGGCUGCCAGCAGGUCACCAGGUGCACCCCGACACCCUCAGGGCUGUCGGGGAGGCAGAUGGGGGGGCGCAGCGUUACCUGUUGAGUCGGACCUUCCUGGGAGGGACAUGGAGGGGCCAGCCCCCCGGUAGCACGCGGUCACUGGGGCGUGGGGGCCCCGGGCGGCCCUGGAGCCGGCGGGCAGCUGGGUGGCAGCACUGAGCCCUCCCCCUUGGAGCCGGCGAGGUUUGGAGGGCGGGAGGCUCCCAGCGAGGCGGAGCGGGAGGGAGGCCGGCGGCCAGUGCAGGCCCCGCUGCAUGCGCCCCGUCGUGCCCUCCGUGCUGCAGACAUGUGUCGUGGCCUGGCCCCUCCGCGGGGGCGCUGAGGGCGGAGCUGCCGCCCACCCAUGCGAGGGCCGGGCCAGGGGCCGCAGUGCUGAGCCGCCCGGGACACAGGACCCUAGCGCUGCCCGCUGCUGCCGGCCACCGGCCACCAUGAGGGGCUGGGGCUGGGGCUGGGCCUGGGCCGCGGCCAUGACCCUCCUCUGGCCGCAGCUCACGCUCCCCAGGGACGUGGGCGUCCAGCAGGAGCCCAAGAGGCCACGGCCGCCUGGCCAGCGCACAGAGCCCCCCAACGCCACCAUCCCCAACCCUGAGAAGCCGCCCGGCUCCCCCAAGCCACCCGAGGCCUCUGGGCCCGAGGUCUCCGACGCCCACAGGACAUGGCUGGACUUCGUCCGGCGGCCCAACGAGGGGGCCCCAAAGAAACGGUGCCGAGGGCGGGGCAAGAAGUUGGUGAGGUCCCCCGGGGACCCUGGCUGGGGCCUGGCCCAGGGUAGGGGGUUGCCCCACCGGGGUCCUCACUCUCUCCCCCUUCCCCCCCACAGAGAGGCCUCUCUGGUCCCCCAGGACCUCCUGGGCCCCCCGGCCCCCCAGGGCCCCCUGGCGCUGCAGUCUCCCGGGAGGCCCUGCUGCGGGAGUUCCAGGAGCUGCGGAAAGGUGAGGCCGGGCCCCCGGGGAGGCCCCGCCCGGCCCGGGGGUGCCUGGGCUGACCCACGCGUGUCCCCACAGAAGCCACCGAGCACCGGCUCCCGGGGCCGCUGGGCGGGGGGCUGGUGGCCGAGGCCUUCCACUGCCAGCUGCGGGGCCCCAUGCGGGUGGACAGGAAGACGCUGGUGGAGCUCCAUGGCUUCCAGGCUCCCUCGGCCCAGGGAGCCUUCCUGCGGGGCUCGGGCCUCAGCCUGGCCUCCGGGCGCUUCACGGCCCCCGCCUCUGCCAUCUUCCAGUUCUCCGCCAGCCUGCACGUGGACCACAGUGAGCUGCAGAGCCGGGCCCGGCUGCGGGUCCAGGAUGCCGUCCGCGUGCUCAUCUGCAUCGAGUCCCUGUGUCACCGCUACACGUCCCUGGAGGCCGUCGCGGGCCUGGAGAGCAACAGCGGGGUCUUCACAGUGCCGGUGCAGGGGAUGCUGCAGCUGCAGGCUGGACAGUAUGUCUCCGUCUUCGUGGACAAUGGCUCCGGGGCACCCCUCACCAUCCAGAGCGGCUCCAGCUUCUCGGGCCUGCUUCUGGGCAUGUGAAGACGGCCGAGGAGCGGCAGGGAGCAAAGCCGCCUUCCCCUCAAACCUCCCUUCCCAGCCCCCAGCCCCCCCCAGCCCUCGGCCCUCCUCCCCAUCCUCUGUUAAUAACCAGCCACAGCAAUAAAGA